AUGCGUCUCCCAGCCGAGCUCUGGCAAAAUAUCCUCGAAAGGGCCAUCUUUGUGCCCAAAUUCUUUGAUACAGACCCAAUGGAGACAUAUGGACCAAUCUAUGACCUGCUACGCUCUGACCGGCUUGAGUAUUGGGCGUCCGAACGCUUGCGCAACAGGUUGCGGCGUGUUUGCCAAGAUUGGAACGUCUUCCUCAAGAGGUUUGAUCACCGUUUCGUUGAUAUAGCCGAUGUCAUAAACGGAGUCAUACCAACAGAAGCGUUGCCUUCCGCCCUCCGCAUCUACCUUUCAGUAGGCCGUUGCAAGGAUGAGCCCCAUUCGCCUACGCCGUCUAGUAUGUGCCUUUGUCGACUCCUGAACUACGACCCAAUACUCAAGAUACCGAAUAAUGGUGCUAAUGCUACCCUAACACCAUGGAAGCUGCGCAUCAUUGAAUUCUCGCCAGUUCGAUCGACAAUAAGCGAUUUCCUAUGGGAGAGGUAUCGAAUCUCAAAUCUCAAAUCAAUUAUCUACCCGACACCGUCGUCCUUGAUAUCGGCAUCCAAUCUACAAGCCCAGCCGACGGUCAUAUGGAGUUCUAUGGUCGAUCUUCCUGAGACCGUUGCACGCUCUACCACAUUUUUCUCAAUGCUCACUACUCUAAGGCUCACUUUGGAUGCCAAAACCUGCCCACUUCCUCUGCAUUUACCCAGUCUCCGAUACCUCUUCGUCAGUCUCCCGUUUCCCGGUCGUGUCGCAAGGCUGGUAGCGUGGUUAAAGGUCAUCGGAUAUCAACUUACGGCACUUUUCUGUGAAGGGGACCUAUCAGAGCGGUUCUCUCAGAGAAUCUGGGAGGUCUGUCCAUCGAUAGAGGUUCUCCAACUUUCUUCCAGUGUUUUUUGGACACCUCCACCGCGUGGGCAUCCAAUUCAUACUUUACAACUUGAGCCCCAACAAGAUAACUUGCGAAAGCGCGUGUGCGACGAAUGCGGACGAAUACACGCCGUAAUCUUGCAACUCAGUGCCUCGAUGGGCGAGUAUGCUGCAUCUGGGAUACACACUAUAGCAUGUUCUGGACCGUGGCCGACGGCCCGUGCCUCGUCUGGCUGGAUGGGGUACACUGGAUACAUAGGGAAUCUUUUCUGUCUGAAAAGACAGGCACAGCGACAUGGUAUUCGUUUCGUUGACCGUGAUUGGAUCUCCUUUGAGGAUUACGUCGUGUCGCAGCUCGAGAUGGGUCAACCGAUUUAG